CUGCACCGAUACAACUGUCACGUCACGCAUCCACGCACAUUUUUGAUGCAUGAGUUUGCAUGAUAGCUGAUGACGUUAUGCAUGCCGUAAUGUGGUUACCUCUAUCACAACUCAAAAGAGAGAACAUUUUAUUUUUUGCAAUAUCACAACGCGAGAGGAGGGCGCAUAUUUUAUUCAUUGCCUCAGGACGCACAAAACUCUUAAGUUGCAACGGAAUUCCCACAGUAGGUUGUUAAAAAGGUUAUCUUUGUAUCCUUUUGUCUUCAGAGGCACAUAUAAGUUCAUCGUUUAUCAGAUUUGAUAGCCAUACGUAAAUAAAUGGACAAUGAAUAGUUGAACAUUCACCAUUUAUGAAUGCUUGCCUGCAUGUUGUAUACUUUCAGGUUAUGUUAAGUCGAUGUGGCUGCAGAUAAAGAUUUUACUUAUGCUCAGUAAUGUACAGAAAGAUACGUGCCCGGUGCCCCAAAAACUUGUAAAAUGCGCAAACGCGGAAUACGACCUUGUGGUAAUCGGUGGCGGUUCCGGAGGUCUAGCGGCUGCUAAGGAGGCUACCGCCCUUGGAGCGAAGGUUGCUGUACUCGACUACGUCACUCCAACACCGAUAGGAACCAAAUGGGGUCUGGGUGGUACGUGCGUCAACGUAGGGUGCAUACCCAAGAAACUGAUGCAUCAGGCUGCGUUACUUGGCGAAGCAAUCCAUGAUGCGAAAACAUACGGUUGGGAGCUGGAACCAGAAAAUAUACAUCACAGCUGGGAGUCUUUGAAAGACGCUGUACAAGGUCACAUAAAGUCUGUCAACUGGGUCACCAGGGUCGAACUCAGAGAUAAGAAGGUGGAGUACAUAAAUGGCCAAGGCAAAUUCGUGGAUCCCCAUACGAUCCACACGCAGACGAAACAGGGUGAACGCACACUAACUGCGAAAUACUUCUUGAUAGCUGUAGGUGGACGGCCGAGGUAUCCAGAUAUACCGGGAGCCGUCGAAUAUGGCAUCACCAGUGACGACAUUUUCAGUUUACCAAAACCACCAGGAAAAACGCUCAUCGUUGGUGCUGGAUAUAUAGGAUUGGAAUGUGCUGGAUUCCUUAGAGGUUUAGGGUAUGAAGCGACUGUGUUGAUUAGGUCCAUACCAUUGAGAGGGUUCGACCAGCAGAUGGCCAAUCUUAUUGUCGCUGAGAUGGAAGACAAAGGGGUCAAAUUUGAACACAGAUGUAUCCCGAAGUCAGUAGAAAAAGCCGACGAUGGCAGACUGAAGGUGGUAUGGCAAAAUGAACACAGUGAAGAGUUCAGCGACAUUUUCGACACUGUACUGUUCGCUAUAGGCAGGCGUGCCUUAACCAAAGAGCUGGACAUUGACAAGUCUGGCGUUAAGGUAGCCCCGGACAACGAGAAGAUCGACGCUGAGAAUGAACAGACCAAUGUGCCUCAUAUAUUUGCUGUCGGAGAUGUUCUCUAUAAAAAGCCAGAACUGACCCCAGUGGCUAUCCAUGCUGGCAGACUGUUGGCUCGUAGGUUAUUUGGAGGUAGUACAAUCCAUAUGGAUUACGAUAAUGUAGCGACCACAGUAUUCACCCCACUAGAAUAUGGAGUUGUAGGAUUGAGUGAGGAAACAGCGAUUGAAAGAUUUGGAGAAGACAACAUAGAAGUGUACCAUGCGUACUACAAGCCCACAGAAUUUUUCAUUCCGCAGAAGAGUAUUGUUCAUUGCUACUUGAAAGUUGUAGCUAUGAGGGAAGGAGACCAAAAAGUGCUCGGGAUGCAUUUCAUUGGACCACAAGCUGGCGAGGUCAUACAGGGAUUCUCCGCAGCUAUGAAAUGCAAGUUAACAAUAAAAUGCAUGAUGGAUACAGUGGGCAUUCAUCCAACUAUUGCGGAAGAACUUACAAGAAUUAAAAUAACGAGGAGAUCGGGUUUAGACCCUAGUCCUCAAGCUUGCUGCAGUUAAUCAUGAGAUGAUAUUGCAUAUCGUCUUCCUGAGAAAAUAUGUCCGUUAACAUUAAAGACUCUUAUGGGCACAGUUGGCAUACAUCCAACAAUCGCAGAAGAAUUUACGAGAUUGUUUAUAACGAAAAGAUCGGGUGAAGACCCUAAUCCUCAGGCUUGCUGCAGUUAGUCGUUACAGAUGUUGCUAUGAAUUCCUUACAGUAUUUUCCCGUGUAUAUUUUAGUAUAUUUAAGGUUACACUCAUCCCAAUCUGUGUUGCAAGUAAACGCUUUUUUUUUAAUUACGAUGGAUAUUUUUAUAUCAAAGUAAAUUGUCAUCCGAAAAAUAAAAUGUUUUAUAUUUACAGCGA